GGACUUGUAAAAUUUUUGGCAUCGAUGGACCAUAUCCUCCAGGAUGGGUCUGGUAUCGGAGACUGGAGAGUAGGGUCUGAUUCGGGAAUUUCGAUUUUUAGUGAAGUGGAGAUGCGUAUCGGAACCUUGUGUUAAGGGAUGAGCAACUGGGAUUGGAUAUUGCAAUGUUCAGUUUGAUGAAUCAACAUUUUUUUUUCUUUUUUUCUUUGGUGGAAAUUUACUGUUACAGUCAGACCCAAGUAGUAUGAGUUGCAAUAUGUUGUACUAAUGUAGUAAGAAAAUCGCAACUUAUCGAGUGGCGUGGAUGUUGCCUAUUCACGUAAUGCAAGGAGCGGGGAAAAUCGCAACUUCAUUGCAAUAAAAUCAUGACUCUCGCAGUCUCGCGACAACAUAUCGCCAGACUGCUGCUGCUGCCGCCAGACCGCAUUCGCGUCGCGCUACAAUGGACCAAUAGAAUUUGUCCGUCUGCGUGGCUCGCCGCUCGCGCAUCUUCAACGGAUUUUGUUGAUUUGUUCGCUUCGCUCGCUCUGCCUGCCUUCGUUUGUAGCUUCGUGUCUGGUAUUUGCUCUCAUCGUGCUUAAAUUAGCAUUUAUACAAGUGUUCCUGUUUUACGCACGCGAAAUAAACUAAUUUAGAAACUGUGGAACUUUCAUUCUUUUGGUGUAACUGUGUAAGUUGGAAGUUCUCCUGAAGUGUUGGUGAAUGUGAUGUGAUGCCGGUUCGCGAACCAAGAUGGCGGAAACUGACACUGAAGAGAAAUUGAAGAAGCUAGAAGAUAAACUGAAAUUGAAAGAAGGCACUAUGAAGGAUGAAGUUGUGAAGGGUUUUGCGUCGAUGCACCGAAAUGAUUCUAACCUCACUGCCACGGCAAGAGGUAUGGCAAGAGAGAUGCUAUCAAAAAAGAUUCUAGCCUUAUUUUCUCUGCAUGGAGGGCAUGCAAAGGGUUUUACAGAAACAAAAUGGGCGUUCGAUCAGCUGGAGACCUACUCAGUCAUUAUUGAGAUGGUAAGACUUUUAUGGGAAAAUCAUCACACCAAUUUAAAGGCUGAUGUGAAUGGAACACUUGGGCCUUUCCUUACUGGGAUGAACAAGAAGCCGGUUUCAUUAAAGCACCCAUCAAAGCAGUAAAGUCUCGUGACGUCAUUAAUUUGAAUCAUUUGAUUGAGAUUUUUUGACAGUUUGUCUUUAAUUUUUUUGGAUUAUUUCUGUAAUCUUAUUAAUUUUGAUUUUGAUAAUGACAAAGUUACCUUUCUUACUGGAAUGAACAAGAAGCCGGUUUCAUUGAAGCCCCCAUCAAAGCAUUAAAGCCGUGUCAUGUCAUUAAUGUGAAUCAUUUGAUUGAGAUUUUUUGACAGUUUGUCUUUAAUUUUUUUGGAUUAUUUUUGUAUUCUCAUUAUUUUUGAUUUUGCCAAUAACAAAGUUACCCAAUUAUAUUAUGAUUUGAUCGGUAUUACUGUCAAAACCAAGGCCAAUGUGAAGGAAUACUUUCAAGUUCUCAAUUUAUAAAAUGUUUCUGAAGAGC